GAUCCCCAAACCCAAGUUGACAGCAAGCGAGCUGUUCUACCGAUAGACUCCCUCCUACACGGGGCGGCAGGGAUGGACCAGCUCGGCGGUAAGCGCGCAGGGCGGCCCAUCGACAACAUCAUGCACGGCUUCCGCCUCCCCAUGGCCAGAAGGCGGGAUGAAACCGAUCACGAAGAAAAGAAAGAAGAAGAUGCAGGCAGCAGAAGAGAGCGAGCAGCUCCGAUAGAUGCUCUGUACGGAGGGCUGCUGCCCGUAUCCUUGGGGACGAAACGAGCGGCGCCGAUCGACUCGAUCUACGGCGGGCUGGGCUUGCCCAUCAGCGGGAAGCGUGCGCCGCAUCCAAACGACUCCAUCGACAAGGAUCCGCCCGUGAUGGCAGAACGAUCGGCAGCACCCAUCGAUGCAAUCAUCAGCGGGGGGCGUGGCCUGCCGAUGUCGUACAAACGCGCGGUGGCUCCGAUCGACUCCCUCAUUGGUGGACACGGGCUGUCAAUCACGGGCAAACGGCGUGCCAUGGCGCUGCCCAUCGACAACAUCAUCGGCGGGUACGGCCUGCCCAUCUCCGUCCGCGUGGGCAACAAAGACCGGCAGCGCGGGGCGGAGUCCGAAAAUGACGAGGCGACCUGGCUACAGUCUAUCUGGUAG